AGUGUCAUAAAGUUUUGAGCAGCAAAGCAGAAAGUUUGUAUUCAGUUUCACUGAAAGCAACAAAUAUAAACAUUAAUUUCAGUGUCACAUAAAACAUAAAUGUUGGUUGGACAGAAGAUCAACCACAGAAGAAAAAAACUUAUGAGCACUAAUACUUCUCAGUACUCUGAAUGAUACUAUAUUUUGUAAAUGAAAGAAGCAGCUGUUGUGAUGAAUAGAUUUCAUUAAAGGAGAGACGGACUGAGGACAAACAUGGACAGAGGACAUUUUUCUAAUAACUGGUUGUGUUUGCUUGUUUCUCCAGGUUUCGGAUGAUCCUAUGAUCGAGGACUUUGUCUGUCCUGAGGACACUAAUGGGCCUCUGGACGUCCCACCAGAUUCUCCUGUCCCGCCCACAGUCAGCGUCUCUCCCUUGGUCCCUCCCUACACAGAUGCUCCUCCCACCUGCACAGUCCCUCCCCCCAAUCCUGCUCUGCCACCAUGCGUCGUCCCCGACAUCACUGUCGCUCCUCCCGUCACUCCCUCCCCAUCAGGCAGCAGCGUCCGUCCCCGCUCUCCUUCCCCACCCAAAGCUCACAUUAAAAAACCCCCCAACUCUUUCAUGUUAUUUCGUCAGGAGCAGCGCCCCCUUGUGGUGGCGCAGUACGGCAUCACAGACUCUGCUGCCGUGAACAAGAUUCUGGGACAGAUGUGGAAAUUCCUCUCUGAAACAGAGAAGGAAAAAUAUCACCGACAGCAGAGAGAGGAGAGCGACAGGCACUACACGCUGCACCCAGAGUGGAGGCCCACCAAGACUGUCAGAAAGAGAAAGUCAGACAGUCAGACCGGGACUGAAGAACCAAAGAAAAGACAAAAAAAGAAGAAACGGUCAGAAGAAACGGCCCAAAAGUCCAAAGACGGGGAUGACGACAGCCACACUGUCCGAAUCCCCGUCAUGAUCCCAACUAAAAGUUUCUGCACAUUUUGGGAGGAGCAGAGGAGCCAUUUGACAAAUGAAGACACCUUCCAACUCGACGGCCUCCACAAAAAGACUGUGGAGCAGAUGGUGAGUGUGCACGCUCCUGCACGUGUGUGA